ACGCUAAAAAACUGCUAUGGCAGAGUUGUGUCGUAAAAUCCGUUCUCAGAUCCAGUGAAUAUACACAAGUCAGGUUCAUUGUUGUACAGGCAACUGCACAUUUACCACCUCUACACGUAAACGUCAUAUUGGAAUACGGGAACCUGAAAACCAAACAGCACGCUACUGGAACGACGAAAUUAAUUGAGACGACGCAUCGUUUUACAGGGGGUCUGCGAUAGCUUUUCGGCGGUAUAUAGUCCACAAAAUCUACUCGUUUUGAAAAUCGUGACGUAGCCUAUGUAUAUAGUAAGAAAGGCUAUACUUUUUUUGUUGCAACUUUGACCAGAGUCAGGUUCUUUCGCAGGUUGGUUUGUUACAUGGCGUAGCCUAUAGUUAUUUCACCGCAUUCAACUGCAGUUCCCUGAUUCAAAAAGUGAUCGCUAUACUGGACGCAACACCUGUAAUCCACGACUGGCGCAACCUACUAGCAAAAAUCCUUCCUCGUGAAAACAAUCAUCUCCAGAUAUCUGGCGAACAUAAUAUUUAAUUUCAAACUGGAUUAUCGCUAUGACAUCAACAGUCGGUUAUGUAUCUCAGUUUAACAUAACCAGCGCGUACGCAAGCACUAAAAUAUGUGAAUGGUAUAUCUGGACGUCUAUGUAAAAGGCAAUAAAACAUAAUAAUUUCCGUUCUGAAGUAGCAACUUUUAACAAAACAUCACCAACAGAUCGCCGGCUUUUAAUGUGUACAUUUUAACGCUUGCUCUGCAUGUGGAUUGAUUUUUUUUUUUUCUUCAGCAUUUUCCCAGCAGAUGGAUUUUUGCCAUUGCAGUUCAGCAGAGGGUGUCAGAUCUUCCAGCUAGCAGCAAGCUGGAACGAACAGAGCCUCUUGGUAGCGCUCUGUAAUUAAAAAGAAAAAAAAAAUACAAAAAAGAGAACGGAGAAAACGGAUGAAGAAAGGAAAAGAUGCAAGGAUUGCGGAUUUUUUUUCAUAUUGCAUAGUGAUCAACGGUAAAUUUUGGUCCGGGCGUGCUUUCAGCACCAGAGGAGAAAGAACAGCACCCACUGAAAACGUCGCCACGGCAAGAACAGCGCGGAUUUGUUAAAUUUGCAAGGUCAGUCAUUAUCGAACUGAGACUAAAAUGUGCUGGGCAAUGUCGCGUUUUAUUGUUUUCUAUUCUUUUCCAAAGCGUAAUGGGGUUCCCAACAAAGGGAGUCGUUCUGUGUGAUGCAUUUUGGGAGCAUUUUCAACUGGCAGAACAUGUCUGGACAUAGCUGGCAAGAUGAGAACCAAUGUAACUAAUGACUGUCGUCUUGUUUUAGACGAAUGAAUUAUUCAUUUUUAACAUCCCUGAAAAAAAGAAACACAUUCGUUAAUUGCAUUCAUGUCUUGAAAUCGGGGAUGAAUUGUUCGUAUUGAAAAUGCUGCUUUGGAUUGUGUUGCUGAAGGCGGCUCUCUGUGUUGCUACUGGAAAUGUUACAAGAGACAUUUGUAAAGAACAGAUCUGCUCCUGCAAUGAAAUAGAAGGCGAUUUGCACAUUGACUGUGAAAAAAGAAGCUUUUCUAAUCUCCGUCAUUUAACUGGUCCAAGCUCUCAAUUUUACCACUUACUACUGCACGGAAAUUCCUUGUCCAGACUGUUCCCCAAUGAGUUUGCGAACUUUUACAAUGCCGUUAGCUUACAUUUGGAAAACAACGGUUUGCACGACAUUGUUCCGGGAGCUUUCCUCGGAUUGCAGCUUGUUAAACGUCUGCAUAUAAACAACAAUAAAAUACGGUCUUUCAAAAAGAGUACGUUUUUGGGAUUGGACGACUUGGAGUACCUACAGGCUGACUUUAAUCUUCUGAGAGAUAUUGACCCAUCUGUGUUCAGGGACUUGAAUAAACUUGAAGUUUUGAUUUUAAACGAUAACCUCAUCAGCGCCCUUCCGAACAAUGUGUUUCAACACGUUCCAAUAACCCACCUCGACCUCCGUGGGAACAGAAUUAAAACAUUGCCUUAUGAAGGGAUUCUCGAGCAAAUACCGGGGAUAGUGGAGGUCUUAUUGGACGAUAACCCAUGGGACUGUAAUUGUGACCUCGUUUCCCUAAAGGAAUGGCUUGAGAAUAUCCCACAGAAUGCUUUGAUCGGGAGGGUCAUUUGCGAGGCCCCGACGCGACUGCAGGGGAACGAUUUGAACGAGACAUCAGAAAUGGAUCUGUGUCCUUCAAAGAACGGGGUUGACUCCAGUUUGGAUGCGCCUCCCACCCAGGACCAGACCUCCGAUCUUGGACCCGUUCCAACGACUUCUAAAGUAAAUCGAGUGUUGGAGUCUCCAACACCAGAAUCUGGACACAAGGGACGUUCCAAAUCACGUGAAAACUGGCAACUGAAAACCACUGUAAACGGGAAAGGCGAGCAACCGUAUAAUGCCUCGUGUCCGUUACCCUGCAGUUGCGAACUGCUCGAGUCCAGUCAAGGUUUGAGGAUUAACUGUGAGGGUAAGAAAAUAGACAACCUAUACAGUCUGAAACCCAAACCCAUUAAUGUGCACGAACUAAAUCUGAGAGACAACAACAUCCACACUAUAAAAAAGAACCACUUUAUCGGGCAUCAAAAUCUCAACCUUCUCGAUUUGGGGGGCAACAAUAUCAAAUUGAUAGAAAAUUGCACUUUUCAAAACCUCAGCCAGUUAAGAUGGCUGUACAUUGAUAAGAACUACCUGGAUACUCUCACAAUGGAAAUGUUUGUUGGACUGCAAAACUUGGAAUAUCUCAGUUUGGAAUAUAACGACAUACAGCUCGUGAUGGCUGGCACUUUCAACCCAAUGCCUAAUCUGAGGGUUCUGUUCCUCAACAAUAAUUUAUUAAAAUCUUUGCCGGUGGAUGUUUUUCUUGGAGUCUCCUUAUCACGAAUCAGCCUGCAUAACAAUUACUUCACCUUUCUGCCGGUGACCGGCGUUUUAGAUCAACUGAUGUCUAUUAUUCAGAUAGAUUUGCAUGGUAAUCCGUGGGAUUGCACAUGCAACAUUGUACCUUUCAAACAAUGGACAGAGAAACUAGGAUCUGAUGUUAUCGUGAGUGAUCUCAAAUGCGAGUCUCCUGAGGAGUUCUGGAAAAAGGAUUUCCGUUUCCUCGCCAAUGAUCUUAUGUGUCCCCAGCUCUACGACAAAAUCUCUCCAACAUCCACGUCUAAAAACAGUACUUUCACCGCGGACACGGGGACUCGCUCGAACUCGUAUCUGGAGCCAAGCAGAGUAUCCAUCUCUGUUUUGGUCCCGGGGUUGCUGCUAGUUUUUGUCACAUCUGCUUUCACGGUGGUUGGUAUGCUUGUGUUUAUCUUGCGGAAUCGUAAGAGAUCAAAGAGAAGAGACGGCAACUCAUCGGCGUCAGAGAUAAAUUCAUUACAAACAGUAUGCGACUCAUCGUACUGGCACAGUGGACAGUACCACACAGACGGUGCCCACAGAGAGUAUGACUGUGGUACCCACGCACUCUCUGAUCAGUAACCUAUUCAGAAGAAUGAAAUAAAAAUAAAGAAAGAAAAAAAAAACUGAAUACGAAACGGAGAAUUAGAACCCUACCGUGUACUGUCCCAUUGACAAUUGAAGACACAUGUUAAACGCUUCUUAUUCGCUUUGUCGGAUGUAGCCUAUUUUUGUUCGCCUCAGUUGACUGUUGUGUCAGUGAGUGUGUGCUACUGAAUCAACUGAAAUAUAUGUAUAUAUAGUUAUAGACCUUCUCCAGUACAGAUAUUUGCCGCAAUCAGACGUAACAUCUGAGAAAGAAGACUGGAUUGGAAAAUCUGCACGAGCGCAUGAAUGUAAUGUAUAUAAAUGACUACCAUACCUGCAUGAUUCGCAUGGUCUCAACACAUCACUGGGAUCCAUAUCAUAUUUACAAAGAAGCAUAUUCGACCCCUUCUUUAAUGUUAUAAAUAUAAA